AGCUGCACACUUGCACUGCACGUAUCACCGGCCGCACGCCGACCUGAGCGCAUGUCGGACGCCGGCGCCGCGGCGGAUGAGGUCGUGCACGACUUCGCCCCGCUCAUCGUGGUGUACAGGAGCGGGCGGCUCGAGCGGCCGCUCGCCAUGCCGCCCGUCCCGCCCGGCACGGACGCCGCCACGGGCGUGGUGUCCAGGGACGUGCACCUCUCCGCCUCCUCCUUCGUGCGGCUCUACCUCCCACCGCCCGGCGCCGCCGGAGGCGGAGGCGAGAAGCUCCCCGUCGUCGUCUACUUCCAUGGCGGGGGGUUCGUGAUCGGGUCGGCCGCGUCGCCGGCGUACCACCGCUGCCUCAACGACCUCGCCGCCGCCUGCCCCGCCGUCGCCGUCUCCGUCGACUACCGCCUCGCCCCGGAGCACCCGCUGCCCGCCGCGUACGAGGAUUCCCUGGCCGCGCUCACGUGGGUGCUCUCCGGCGCUGACACGUGGCUCGCGGCGCACGGCGACCUCUCCCGCGUCUUCCUCGCGGGCGACAGCGCCGGCGGCAACAUCUGCCACCACCUCGCCAUGCACCACCGCCGCCGCCGCCUAAAAGGCAUCGUGCUGAUCCACCCGUGGUUCUGGGGCAAGCAGCCCAUCGGCGGGGAGCCCCGCGGCCAGGCGGCGGCGGCGGAGGAGCAGAAGGGGCUGUGGGAGUUCGUGUGCCCCGACGCGGCGGACGGCGCGGACGACCCCCGGAUGAACCCGACGGGGCCGACGGCGCCGGGGCUGGAGAACCUGGCGUGCGAGAAGGUGAUGGUGUGCGUGGCCGACGGCGACGUGCUGCGGUGGCGCGGCCGCGCGUACGCGGAGGCUGUGACGGCGGCACGGGCGAGGGGCGGCGGGCCCGAGGCGGUGGAGCUGCUGGAGUCGGAGGGCGUCGGGCACGUGUUCUACCUGUUCGACCCGGCCCACGCGAAGGCCGGCGAGCUGCUCCGGAGGAUCGCCGCGUUCAUUGGCUCCAAGUGAUGGAACGACUUGACCAAUGCGACUACGCGAGAGAAAAGAGUAGGCGUACGUUCGGUUCCGGUGUGUAGGACGUUGAUUUCGGUCGCCUGUGCGUGUGUUGUUUGAUCAGGAUUGGUGCCUGCAUGCGUGCCGCUAGGCUUUUGCACGUUUGUGUUAGGCCGAUGGGCCCAUGAUGGGUCGACCUAAACAAGGCCGUAAUUUUCGUUUGCAGCAGGCCUUUCCACUGAAUGGGAGUAAGCCCGAAACAAACCAUGUUUCCGUACAUUCCACACCCACCAAUUCAGAUACAAAACUCUCACAGCUAUCUGCUAUUAAAACCA